AGCCCACAUAUAAACCACUGCCUCCUAGAGAGGCAGUAGCAGCCUGGGAAGCAGUCUUGCUUCUCUAGACCACAGCCCUCCCCCCUGAAAGAAGCUCCGUCUUCUUCUCAAGCUGCCUAGCAACAACAAAAGAGGUAAAUCCUCUCUACUAUUUAAUUCAACGAGGCUACUAUGUUCUUAUGGUGUUUUCUCCAACGUUACAAAGAUCUGGCAGUGCUGGCAUGGAUACAGAUGGAUGAAAGCUGCAUUGGGGACAAAAGGCGAGAUCUGUGAAAGAUUUCAAUACAGCAGAAGCGACUGGGAAGCCAUCUGGGUGUGCACAGAGGAAAAUGCUGGAGAAAUUGUCAUUUCUCUGCUAGAGGAAUAAGCACAAUGCCCCGGACUGGAGCAGGCGAAAGGGCAAGCUGCAUGCAGACGGACAGCAGGCACAAGCAUUCACAAAAGAGAGAUUAUUGAAGUGCGCAUGUUUCUGCUCAAUCCGUUUGACCAAGCGAUGACAUGCCAAAACUAUCCAUCUUUUAUUAGGUAUAUUCCUACAACAAUGAAUUUGUUCAAUAAAACACAGAACGUAUAGGAAAUGGUUCACAGAACACCGGAAAAUGAAGAAAGCCACUGAGAUAUAGACUGCCCUUUUACUGGGUUGGGAUUGAUAAACUGGAAAUUAGUGCAGAUGCAGUAUAACUGCCCUGGGAUUUCAAAAGCAUGCUUCAGUGGAGGAGACGUCAUUGCUGUCUUGGCAAAAUGACCUGGAAUAGUAAAAGGUCACUUUUUCGCACCCAUCUCACGGGGCUUUUAUCACUGGUGUUUCUGUUCGCAACAUUGCUGUUCUGUAACCAUCACAAUUCCUUCACUGGCAGAGUUGGACUUAAAGAAAAUCCAGUGACGCAUUCAAUUCGUGGAUUCAAAGCAACCAAAACUGAAACCAACAGCUCUCUAAGGAAUAUCUGGAAGGAUGCCAUUCCACAAACAUGGAAGCCUCAUACCACUUUAAACCUAAGUAACACAGAGUCACAACAACAACAAGGUGUUACAGGUCUGGAGAAUACUUUAAGCACCAAUGGGAGUGUUUACAGUGAAAAGGGCUGGGGUCGACAAAAUGUAUACCAUUACAAAUAUAUCAUUAAUGAGCCAGAGAAAUGUCAGGAGAAAAGGCCUUUCUUAAUACUCCUCAUAGCUGCAGAACCAAGACAAAUUGAAGCUCGGCAGGCUAUUAGACAGACCUGGGGAAAUGAAAGUCUUGCACCAGGAAUCCAGAUUAUAAGGUUGUUUCUUCUGGGUUUACACACCAAGUUAAAUGGGUUAAUUCAACAGGCCAUAGUGGAUGAAAGUAAGCAGUAUCACGAUAUCAUCCAGCAGGAAUACUUAGACACUUAUUACAAUCUCACCAUUAAGACACUUAUGGGUAUGAACUGGGUAGCAACAUACUGCCCCCAUGUCCCAUAUGUCAUGAAGACAGACAGUGACAUGUUUGUUAAUACAGAAUACUUGAUAAACAAACUACUGAAGCCAGACCAACCACCAAGAACCAACUAUUUUACAGGGUAUUUAAUGAGAGGCUAUGCACCCAACCGUAACAGAGACAGCAAGUGGUACAUGUCACCAGAUUUGUAUCCAAGUGAGCGUUAUCCUGUGUUUUGUUCUGGAACUGGGUAUGUUUUCUCUGGAGAUCUAGCAGAAAAAAUAUUCAAGGUCUCCUUAAGUAUUAGACGAUUACAUUUAGAGGAUGUGUAUGUUGGUAUCUGUCUAGCCAAGCUGCGCAUUGACCCUAUACCCCCACCAAAUGAAUUUGUAUUCAAUCACUGGAGAGUUUCAUAUUCUAGCUGUAAAUAUAGCCACCUAAUUACCUCUCAUCAAUUCCAGCCUGGUGAAUUGAUCAAAUACUGGAAUCAUUUACAACAGAAUAAGCACAAUGCUUGUGCCAACGCAGCCAAGGAAAAAGCCAGUAGGUAUCGGCACCGUAAAAUGCACUAAAAAAAGGACAAAAACUGAGGAAAAAAAUGGAAACUGGAAAUAUGAACGCAUGGGCAGUGACAACCUUAACUAAAAUUUAAAUGGAGUGAAAAAUUAUUUUUUUAUUUUUAAGAGUAUAUAAACCUAUAUGGGAAAACAGAUGAAACGAAAACUGUGGGGAAAAUGUGUGUUUAUUCUGUGCAAUAAGAAGCAUGCACACUUCUGUGGUAUACCUGAUAUUUUAUGUGCCAAUAAAAUACAAAAGAACACAUUUUUAAUACAAAUAC